AUGGUGAGGAUCCAGAAAGUAGAAUCCUUUUACGCUAAGCUUCGCGAAUCAGCUACUUCCGCCGGUUCUGAAAACCCUCUUCUGAUAUUCCCUUCCUCCUCCGACGUCGAUUCGAUCUGUGCCCUCAAGGUCAUCACUCACAUCCUCGAAUCAGAUUCGAUCCAGUACUCGUGUUUCCCCGUCUCGUCGUUUCUCGAGAUCCACAAGUACGCAGGUCCUGGGCUCUGUUCUUCCUCGGAGAGUCCUGUCACUAUACUUUUGAUUAAUUGGGGUUGUCACCGUGAUUUGAAGCUCGUGCUUAAGUUAGGUCCUAAGGCACGUGUCUUUGUGGUUGAUAGUCAUAGGCCUAUUCAUUUGCAUAAUCUGAGUGAUUAUAAUGAGCGUGUUGUUGUUCUUCAUACUGAUGAUGAUGAGAGACAAGCAGAUCUUGCUUAUGAUUUCCAUGUGUCGAAGUUAGCUAACGAGAGUUAUCAGAGAGGAGAUGAGAGUGAUGAUGAAGAAGAAGAAGAAGAGGAGGAUGAGGAGGAGGAAGAAGAAGAGGGUGAUAGGCCAAGUAAGAGGAGGAAGAUGGAUGAUGGUGUGAAGCUUUUCAAGAAGUUAAAGAGAGAUUAUUACAAGAUGGGGACUUUCCAUGGGAAGCCAUCUGGGUGUUUGCUUUUUGAGCUGUCUCACUUUUUAAGGAAGAACACUAACGAGUUGUUGUGGCUGGCUUGUGUUUCCUUGACUGAUCAGUUUGUUCACGAGAGGUUAACAGACGAGAGAUACCAAGCUGCGGUGAUGGAGCUUGAGCAACACAUCAACAGCUCCGGGAACAUAGACAAGGUCACUUCCGUUACUUUGAAAGACGGAACCAAGGUUCGAGCACCAGACUGUUCGAGAAUCUCUUACGAAGAAGAGCCUAGGCUUAUGCUGCUUAGAGAGUGGAACUUGUUUGACUCCAUGCUCUGUUCCUCGUACAUUGCGACGAAGCUCAAGACGUGGAGUGAUAACGGGAUCAAGAAGCUUAAGCUUCUUCUUGCACGUAUGGGUUUUGCGCUUAUCGAGUGCCAGCAGAAGUUUCCUUACAUGAACAACGAGGUGAAGAGGAAAAUGAAGCAAGAGUUUGAUCGGUUUUUGCCAGAGUAUGGUCUAAAUGAUUUUUACUACAGGAGCUUCUUGAGGCUUCAUGGAUACAGCUCGAAAGUCUCCGCUGCUGAUGUUGUGUAUGGUAUUACAGCACUUCUUGAAUCGUUUCUUGGUUCAGGUGGAUCCUCUGCUUCACAACAGUUUGGAGAAGCUUAUGAUGCUUUGUCGUUGAACAAUCUGGAUAAGCUUCAGUCUGGGAUGCAACAAGCAAUCAAGGUCCAAAGAGCAAUUCUCAGACAAGGAAGUAAAGCAAUCACCAAAACAGGAUGCAUCAGAAGUGGAAGGAAGUUCAGAUGGGUGAAGGUUGAUGAUACCAUUGAUGCUAAGUAUUUGGGAUAUCCUCAGGCUUUGACCAAGUUCUGUUACUUUCUAAUGGACGCUUUGAGGGAGAAAGGAGCUAGGAUGAAGCCGAUACUAUGUGCUUGUGCGUCUCAAGAGCUAGGGAAGAUACUUGUGGUUGGAGUUUGUGGGAAGCCGAGGCUUGGUGCGGUAAGAGGGAAUGCGUUUGGUAAUGCUUUUAGAAAAGCAGCUCAAGAGAGUAGAGCCGAUUACUUUCAUGAGCUGUUUGAGUCUUCAUGGAUCGUCUUAGAUGCUUCUGCAGUUAACUCUUUCAUGAUUAGAUUAACUGAGAAGCUUUGACAGAGAAGCUUUGACAUAGGACUCUCAAGGUAUCUUUUUGUUACUCGACUCAGUGUGUUUACCUUUUUUUAUAGUCCUCAGGUUUCCUUUUAUUUCACAUUGUUUGGCAUUUUACGAAACUUUGUAAUAGACAGAAUCUGUUAUCA